AUAUGUUUGUCACUGUAUAAUUUAUAUUAUAUUCUAUAUAAUGAAACCAUUGAGCUCUAAUGUGUUACGACUGCUGCGUAACAGAAUAUCGCACAUCGUUACAGCAGAUUCUCCUAGACAAGUAUUUCUCGCUGGUCCACAAGGACGUGGUAAAACCACGUUGAUCAUGGAUAUUGUCAACCAUGGAAAUCAUCAAAUGAGUGACAAGGCUUUGUAUAGCUACUACAACAUGGAUAACAAUGCUCAUCAUAACCUUCAGGUUAUGGUGACACAAUUCCUAUCUUCACUGAUAUCGCAAAACUCAUUAGUACCCGAAUCCUCACUCAAGGAUUGUGCAAAUAUCUACGAAAUUCUAGUUCAUGAAAAUCCUGCGGUGUUAGCUCAUAUACGAACCUUCUGUGAACGUAUCUUAACGUUGAAACACGUCGAUAGGGAGUUAGCUACUUAUCUUCGUAACAUGUUGGACCAGAGUGACACGAUUACGCCUGAAACAUGGGUUAAUACAUGUCAAAUGCUACUUAAGCAUUCGCCAGCAACUAUGGGAAUCCAAAAGGAUGUUACCGUUACUCCUGCAGAAGCAUGUUUCUACAACUUAUACGCCUCGGGUAUUAUCGCUGAAAGGACUGAGCUAGAAAGUGCAGAUGCCAGCAAUCCAAGUGCUAUGUUGACGACACGAUAUGCAAUUGCACACGUAUUACGAGCUAAUAAAAAACUAUGCGAUCUAAGAAACCGUAAAUGGAUAUUGUGCCUAGACGAAGUUCAUCACCUGUACCAAUCGUGCUUUUUACAUGAUAGAGGUCCUCGGUUCCUUAGUGAUCUUUUACUAGAAAUCCAGCGAAAUAAAGUCAAUUCAGUGCUUGUUUCUGAUGACAGCACCGUUUGCUUCCCAUACGUGGAUGAAAAGUUGGCACAAUCAAUAUCGCAAUGUUAUAUGAAAACAUAUAAGGAUCUGGGCUAUGUAGACACAAAGCAGCUGGUACACCUUGAUAUACCGGAAAUUGAAACUAACGUGGCAAAAGGUGGUAUUAAUGAAGUAGUGUACCAUUCAGAUUCUGUAAGUAAAGCACUACUUAAAUUAUCCGGCGGUAACCUGGGAUUAAUCAAUACACUGUUGACAUCAUACCAAAAAUUUGAAGAACAGCUUGAUCUGCCCGCCGUACAUAAAAUACUUGCGGGUUCGGAAAGCCCAGUGGAUGACGAGUAUUUCCCCCUAAAUGCAACAGCUGAAGAGCAGGUAACAUAUCUCCGGGAAGAACGAUCAAGAAUGUUCGUAAGGAACAUACAGAAUGUAGCACUAUCAAGCAAUAUUAGCAAGUUCGAAAAUAUGAUGAACAGAUUCCUCAGUCUGCCGUUAAUGGAACAAAUAAAACUCAGAUUGGAUGAUUACGUACACUUUAAAGUGAUUGUUAACGAGACCAUACGACUCUUGCUCCCGAAAAAUAUACUACAAUUGAAACCUAAAGCUAAUAUAGAAAACAAGGUUGUGCUUUGCAUGCUUGCAGCGGGCAUUAUCCACCUCAAUAUUGAAACGCGAUGCAUAGGAUUCAAGGAUACCUUGACUCGUGUACUCCUGGAAGCACAUAUCGAUAACGAUUAUGCAUCACUAUCGUGGAUCGACCAAGUUAAGUAUAAAGCGAACUACUUACUGAACCAACGUAAAAUUAAAAAGGAAGUAGACAGAUUUUUGCUUUGAACUUUUAUCAUAAGAUAUAUUUGGUACCAUUAUAACAUAA